AUGUACUUUUGUGACGAUUCUGGGGAAGCGGUGGCCACACCAAGAAUUGUGUCUAUUUCGUCCUAUGAGAUCAAUCCAGAUCAGACGAUCCUUUCGGUUCAUUAUUUUCAACGAAGACAGGACGAUGCAGAAGCUAGUGAGGAAGCUUCUGUUGGCCCGGCGGUUGAUAAUGAUUCGCCUCCGAUCGAUGUCGUUAUGGAGAAUCGCUCAAAGACCGACUAUAUGACUGUGGUGACUAUUCUGUCAAGACGCGAUCCAGUCUUUCUACACAAGAGAAUUGAAAAUGCUUCGGCGUUUGCCCUGGCGGAUCCUGAAAGUGCCCACAUCUUUCCGCAUGCCAAGUGUGUUGGGCAGUAUGAAUGGCUCGAUGACAAACCCUUCAAUCGAUUAGUGCUGAGCAGAGAUUUACAUCUGAAUUUUGAUGCAAGUGCCCAAGGACGUGCCAAACGUCGGAAGACGACCCCAUCAUUUACCUUUAAACCUCUUCCAGGAAAGGGGGAGCCCUUGUAUAGAACUGUGGACCACAACUCAGUUCCAUGCUACGAAAUCCCACUUGAAAUUGUCAUUUUUGACAAUGAUAAGAUGGAGGCUUUGUUGACCCACCUUUCAAAUUAUGCUCAGCUCAACAGACACAAUACACGGCACUGGACUAUAACUGGCGCGGAAGUGCGGAUUUUUUAUCCUCGAGACACGAGGAUCAAUUUGGUAGCGGAGGCAAAAGAUGGAAGCGUGCCAGCAGGCACGACGGAGGAUCUAGGAACAGCAAUUCCUGGUGUUGAUGAUCUGAGCACCUGCUGGUCCAACUCCGUUACACACCGCCUCCGUUUGGAAGAAGCCGAAGUGUUGGAGAAGCUCCUAAGUUGGAACUACGUAGAUGCCUCGAGAACUCAGUCAUCGCUGAUGCUGUGA